AGCAUUUGGGGAAGCGGAAUCGCCGGCGGCGACUGAUGGCUCCGUUAGGCGAAGUUGGGAACUAUCUUGGUGUCCAGGAUGCAAUACCUUUUGGGAAUGUGCCCGUUUUGCCGGUGGAGAACCCGGUUCUGCUGAGCGAUCACCUCGGCCACUCCGAGGGGGGUUUGGGCAGGGGCUCGGUCACAGACUUGGCUCACUUAAAAGGGAUCCUCAGGCGCAGACAGCUCUACUGCAGGACUGGGUUUCACUUAGAGAUUUUCCCCAAUGGAACUAUCCAGGGAACCAGACAGGAUCACAGCCGAUUUGGUAUACUGGAGUUCAUUAGUAUAGCAGUGGGGCUGGUCAGCAUUCGUGGUGUAGACAGUGGACUCUACCUCGGAAUGAAUGAGAAGGGAGAGCUGUAUGGGUCGGAGAAAUUGACUGCAGAGUGUGUAUUCCGGGAACAAUUUGAGGAAAACUGGUACAAUACCUACUCAUCGAAUCUAUAUAAGCAUGCGGACACUGGAAGACGGUACUUUGUCGCAUUGAACAAAGAUGGAACCCCAAGGGAAGGGACUAGGACUAAACGGCAUCAAAAAUUUACACAUUUUUUACCUAGACCAGUGGACCCUGAUAAAGUACCUGAAUUAUAUAAGGAUGUUUUAAGCCAAAGUUGAUGAAGACAAUCCUUAAGUUUGGACCACUGAAAAGCAACCACUAUAAUGGGUUCUCGUGGUGGGUUCUAAACGAUUAGCUGUGUCAUCACUUCAGCUCUACUGUUGCCAAACUUUGUCGCAUGCAUUGUGUAUGGAGGCUUGGAUGGAACACGCUGAUCUGAUUUUGUUCUGCACUUACAGUCUGUCCUCCUAGAGGUGAGCCUGUGCCACUUGCUUGAUUGAGAAAAAUGUGUGAGAGGGAGGAAUAUAAUGAAAUGCUGAGGAGGCGGCUGGCCUGAUGCAUGCUCAAAGAUGGGACACGCUUUAAAUUUUUGAUCCGUUCUAUUUCAUUGUGUAUCAGCAUAGCUGCCAUACUUUGAUUCAUCGGGAUUCUGGCUGGUGACAUGCUCAAGCCACACUGCAUUAAUAAUGGCAUGGAGGACGCAAUCCUACUUUUAAAAAAAAGAUUUAAAAAAAAGCAAAAAAAAAAGACAAUUCAUCUACCAGUUCAAUGGUACUACCCCAUAGGGCUUUAAGCAAAGACCUCUUAGUAAAAAAAAGUUAAAUUUAUUUAUAGAAAUUCCAAA